AUGCUUAGAGAAAUUGACUUACCACCUUGGUUGACCAAUAAUUGGCUUACCAUUAUUGGUUUAAUUGGGUUUACUUAUUUUAUUUUACACGAGCUUAAAAAUCGAUUUAUUAAAUGGAAAUGGAAUUGUGGUGAAGCACCCUACUUAAAGGGAAGUGGAUGGUUGUUUAGUCGUAAUUGGGUUUUCUUUUUGAAAGCCAAAAGAAAUGGAGAAAUGUUGGAAUUUAUUUGGAACAUUUUUAAAGAACAAGGAGAAUCAUUUAGAAUUACCAUUGGAGGGAUGGCACUUUUUGCAACUGCAGAUCCAGAAAAUAUUAAAGCGGUUUUGGCUACUCAAUUUAACGAUUUUGCUCUUGGGUUUAGAAAUUCCCAUUUUAAACCAUUAUUGGGCGAUGGAAUAUUCACUCUUGAUGGAGGGGGAUGGAAACAUUCUAGAUCGUUAUUAAGACCAAAUUUUACCAAAGAAAAAGUGGCCCAUGUUCAAUCUUUAGAAAAACAUUUGGGAUACCUUGUUCGUCAUAUUGAUGUGCAAAAGGGUAAACCAUUUGAUAUUCAGAAUUAUUUCUAUCGAUUGACUGUUGAUACUUCAACGGAAUUUUUAUUUGGACAAUCAUUAUAUGGUUUAAAAGAUGAAUUUAUUGGUGAAACCCCCGAGUUUUUAUACGAAGGAAGCGAAUUAUUCUAUGAUUCCUUUAAUACUUCCCAAAGUUACUUGGCCACAAGAGCUUGGUCUAUGAUGUUGUACCCCUUGGUUAAUUCUUUUGAAUUUAAUCGUUGUAAUAAAAAUGUUCACAAAUUUGCUAAAUAUUAUGUUUCAAAAGCUUUGGCUGCCACUCCUGAAGAAAUUGAAGAACGUAGUAAAGAUGGAUACUGUUUCCUCUAUGAAUUGGUUAAAGAAACUAGAGAUCCAAAGAUUUUACAAGAUCAAUUAUUGAAUAUCAUGAUUGCUGGUCGUGAUACCACUGCUGGUCUUUUAUCAUUUACCUUUUAUGAAUUAGCUCGUAAUCCUAGAGUUUGGUCAAAAUUGAAAGAAACAAUCUACGAACAUUUUGGUUCAGGGGAUGAUGCAAGAAUUGAAGAUAUUUCAUUUGAAAGUUUGAAACAUUGUGAUUAUCUUAAAUAUGUUAUUAAUGAAGUUUUAAGAUUAUAUCCUUCGGUCCCCAUCAAUUAUAGAGUGGCUACUAAAACAACUACCUUACCUCGUGGUGCUGGUAAAAAUGGUAAUGAACCUGUUUUCAUUGAAAAGGGUAGAGUUAUCGGUUAUGUGAUUUCAGCCACUCAUCGUGAUCCAAAAUAUUAUGGUGAGGAUGCAGAAGUUUUUAAACCAGAACGUUGGGCUGAUAAAUCAUUGAAACCUGGUUGGGCUUAUUUACCUUUCAAUGGGGGUCCUCGUAUUUGCUUGGGUCAACAAUUUGCCUUAACCGAAGCUAGUUAUAUUAUUGUUCGUUUAUGUCAAAUUUUCCCAAAUUUAAAUAGUGCUGAUUUUUCAAAACAUUAUCCUCCUAAAAUGUCUACUCAUUUAACUUUAUCUUUAACUGAUGGGGCAAAUAUUACCUUAUCAAGGUAA